AUGAACAAGGAAUCCGACAGAAAUGGAGUGCAAGACCCCGAAAUUCAGACGAAAGCACCACGAACCCAAUCCCCGGCCAAAGAAGCGGCAUUUAUAGCCGUUGUCUGCGCAGCCCAGCUCAUGACCCAAGCCGGCCUCUCCCUCUCCAUCGCUCCGAUUCAAGCCAUCAGUGCCAGUUUUGGAACAACUCCACGAGAUCUAACAUGGGCAUCUGCGGCAUACAGUCUUUCUGUGGGAACGCUGAUUCUCGUCUCCGGCAGACUGGGGGAUACCUACGGACACAGAUUAUUGUUCAUUACUGGAUUCAUCUGGUUUGGGGUUUGGUCACUUCUUGGUGGUUUUGCUGUGUGGUCGAAUGAGAUUUUCUUGGAUUGCUGUCGUGCGUUGCAGGGUAUUGGCCCGGCACUUCUCUUGCCUAAUGCCGUGGCCAUCUUCGGUCGAACUUAUCCACCUGGUUUAAAAAAAGACAUGGUGUUUUGUCUCUUUGGCGCAACGGCGCCUGGUGGAUUUACAUUGGGUGCAACUUUUUGCUCGCUGCUUGCUCAACGUGUGUGGUGGCCCUGGGGGUACUGGGUCAUGGGUAUUGCAUGCUUCAUAUUUGCCGUGCUUGGAUUUUUGGUAAUUCCCCAAGACGAUCCGGCCGAACACGACUCCCAGAGCAAGGGUGAAUCAACUUUUGAGCGUCUGGAUGCUCUCGGCGCUAUCACUGGAGUGAGUGGGCUUGUUCUCAUCAACUUCGCAUGGAAUCAAGCCUGCAUUGUCGGGUGGAACGUGCCGUACACCUAUGUUCUCCUCAUAGUGGGAAUACUCUUCAUCGUCCUGUUUUUGUUUGUCGAGCACAAAGCAGCUUUCCCCCUGUUGCCCAGCUCUGUGUUCAAGGGGGAAGUUGCGUGGGUACUGGGAUGCAUCGCGGCAGGGUGGUCAAGUUUCGGAAUUCUCGUUUUCUACUAUUAUAAUUUCCUGGAAGAAAUUGAGCACAACAGCGGGCUUUUGGUGACAGCCAAAUGGGCUGGUGCCUCUUUGUCUGGGGCAACUGCUGCAGUGGUGACUGGCCUCCUGAUGAGUCGAGUACCACCGAGCAUCAAGGAGUGGCAGGCUCCCUCGUGA